AUGAAAGUUGUGAAGAAGAAGGAUUUGGAACGACUUAAUGAGGAGCUGAGAGGUAUUGAAGGUGUAGCAACAGCUCUCGGAACCCAUACGAGCACAGGGAUUCCUGAUGAUGAAAAGAAGAUCAAUCAACGACGUAAAAUAUUCGGCUCAAACACAUAUAAAAAGCCACGCCCAAAAGGUUUUUUCCGUGCCGUAUACCGACCUCUAGAUGAAUUUGCCAUUUUAAGUGAUUACGUGAACGUUGUUGCUGCCGUUAUCCUUUUCGUUGCUGCCUACGGCAUCGGUAGCUGCAUGCCCUCUUCAGCUCGCAAGUCCAAAGCGAUCAUCAGCGGAGACGAAAUCGAAGUUUUGAGAGGUGGAAAAAGCAAGAAGGUUUCGAAAUCCGAAAUCGUUGUGGGAGAUGUGGUUUGCUUAAAGAUCGGAGACGAAGUUCCAGCAGACGGCUUGUUCUUACGAGGGAAUAAUCCGCAAUUAGAGGAGAGGGAUAGUGAGAUCAGUGGCCGUGCCGUACAAGUAGUUAACGAGGAGAAUCCAUUUCUGUUUUCUGGAUCUCAAGUUGUUGACGGUUAUGGUGGAUGCCAGAUGAUGGUCACUUCAGUUGGCAUGAAGGCGAAAUGGUGCAAAAUGAUGAGGAAACCCAGUUGCGGUUCGAGUGAUGAGAAAAUUGACACGGUAGAAGAUCAAGUAUACAACCUUACUUGUUCAAUACGUAACAAGGUUGGUCUGCCAAUUGCCUUACUCGGUUUGAUAGCCUUCCUUGCCCGAUACUUCACCGGGAAUACCAAAGGAAAACAGGAAAUCAUUAAUGGUAAAAUCAAGGUUGAAUUUUGGGAUUCAUCAUUGGUGGAAUUUAUAGCAACUGCUUUUAUCACUGUGGUUGUCGUAAUCCCAGAAAGCUUGCGAUUAGGCAUGGCUCUUACCACUUUCUAUUCAAAGAAGAGAUUGAUGGCUGACAUGGAAAUGGUGAGUGACACUUCUGUCUCCCGUUGUGAGACAAUGGGAUCUGUCACCACCAUCUGUACCAGCAAAACAGGCAUUCUCACCAUGAACCGGAUGGAGGUCAAAGAGUUUUAUCUCGGCGAGCACUCUGUUUUGGAAAAAGAGGCUUAUUUGACAAAUGCUUCUACUCAUGUUAAAAAUUUGUUGAAAGAGGGAAUCGCUCUGAAUACGAGUCCUAGUACUCCAACUGAUAAAGCAAUUCUUUCAUGGGCAGUUCGUGUCUUGGAUAUGGAUAUGGAAGUGAAAUGCAGGUGUCUGGUUCUUCGUCCUGAUCAUCGUGAUGAUGAGGCUGCUUUAAACAUUAAUUCGCAGAAGAAGAAACGAAGUGGGGUUUUGAUGAAGAGGGAGGUAGACAACACAGUCCACGUUCAUUGGAAAGGAGAAGCAGAGGCGAUUUUAGAGAUGUGUUCUAGCUACUACGACAAUUCAAUUUCUAGAAACCCCAUAGAUCUCGAUGAUGAACAAAAAGUUAAAUUCCGACGCAUCGUUCAACAUAUGACGGAGAGAAGCCUCCAGUGCAUCGCUUUUGCACACAAUCAAGUUGAACCGGUCGAUGGACGUCACACACUGAAAGAAGAUGGUCUGGUACUAUUAGGACUGGUUGGCAUCAAAGAUCCAUGCCGUCCAAAAAUGAAAGCAGCCAUGAAAGAUUGCCAGAAUGCUGGAGUAGAUGUCAAGAUGUUCACCAGCGACAACAUUUCCUCAGCAGAAGACAUAGCCAGAGAGUGUGGAAUACUACUCGAUACAGAUGAUCAGGAAGGAGCAGUAAUAACAGGUGAGGCGUUCCGAAACUACUCUGAAGAUGAAAGAAUGGAAAAAGUUGACAAAAUCCAAGUCAUGGCGAACUCAUCUGCUAAUGAUAAACUACUAAUGGUGAAAACAUUGAAGAAAAAGGAUGGCAUCGUUGCAGUUUCUGGGAACAACUCAAAUGAUGUACUUGCGCUGUUGGAAGCUGAUGUAGGAAUCUCCAUGGGGAACAAAGCUGGCACCGAUGUCGUCAAGAAAGUCUCCAAUAUCGUAAUCUUGGAUGAUAAUUUUGCAUCAGUGGCCAGACUUCUGAAAUCGAGUAUAUGCAUUUACAACAACGCACAGAAAUUCAUACAGUUUCAGCUCACUCUCAAUCUUGCUGCUCUUGCUAUCAUCUUUAUUUCAGCAGCUUGUGCAGGUGAAAUCCCAUUGGACUUCACCGGUGUACUGUGGCUGAACUUGAUUGUAAAUACACUGGCUUCUCUGGCUCUUGCCACGGAGAGGCCCACCGAAGAACCCAUCAAGAGGCAACCUGUUGGUAGGAAAGAGCCACUCAUAUCCAACAUCAUGUUGAGGAACCUCUUGGGUCAAGUUGUGUAUCAGAUUGUUGUCGUUUUGACAUUACUGUUCAAGGUCAAAUCGGUUUCUAAGAAGAGAAACACCUUGAUCUUCAGUGCUUUCCUGCUUUGCCAAGUUUUCAAUGAAUUCAAUGCAACAAAUCUAGAGAGUAUCGAAAAUGUGUUUAAAGGGAUACACAGGGACAUAGCGUUUCUAGUUUGUACUGGAAUAACCAUCUCUGCUCAGGUAUUGUUUAUGCAAUUGUAUUCGCACCAAGAAGAUGGUUAUUUUGUGAUGUUGAACUUGUGGCAUUGGGGUAUAUGUUUCGGAUUUGCCAUCAUUUCUUGGCCUAUCGAUUGGAUCGUCAAGUGCAUACCUGUUCCGAAGAAACCGCUUGUAAACUAUCUUUCGGAUACGUUUAAGGUGGUGGCUCAAUUUGGUAUGAAAAAAUAA